AAGUCUUGGUCCUCGGGGAAGCUCGUGCUCGAGGAUUGACCCUCACGACCUUUUCCUCCUAGCAAUAUUUCUCGAUUGAAGUUGUCUGGACUCUGAACUCUGAACUUCGCCUCACCAAAUUCUCUUCAGUUUUCUAUCUCUACAUUCCCCAAAAUAUACCCACGCUCUUCUCUCUCUCUCUCUCUCUCUCUCUCUCUCUGUGUGUUCCUUUGCGCCUUCCUGGCGUCUUUUCUUCGCUGCAAGUUAUCCUACUGCGUGAACCUGAGCUAUCCCAUUUUUUCUAUUCUAUUCCUUUCACCUUUCUGUGAUUCUUUGACUCCGUUUCUUUCUCUUCAACUCAAGGUCUUGUCUUUCUUCGUCAUACACUUUGGGAGGAAGAUUCCGCCAAGUGGGGUUUCUGGUUUCUCUUUGGGUUCCCAGCUUUUCUACCUUGUCUUUUUCUUCUCUUCUCUUUAUAUUCAGUGUAACUCUGAAGCCUCCACCUCCAUACCCGUUUGGAGGGUUUCUUCGCCACUUUUGAUGGUCCUUCGAUUUUGACGUCCUUUGGUCAUUGAGAACAUGGGUUUCGAUGAAAAAGGCAAUGAGGUUCCAGAAACGCCCAACACGGCUAAAACCGCGACGCAUGAUGAAAGUGGCGACGAAGAAAGGGUGGCUACCGGUAUACACAGAAGCGAAAGCUCGGUUGCUUUGACUGAGGAGGAAGACGAGGAGGAGGAGGGCAAAAUCGAAUUGGGACCCCAAUGCACAUUGAAAGAGCAGCUUGAAAAAGAUAAGGAUGAUGAGAGCUUAAGGAGGUGGAAGGAACAGCUUCUUGGAAGUGUGGACAUAACUUCUGUUGGUGAAUCUCUUGACCCAGAAGUGAAGAUCCUGAGCCUUGCAAUCAAAUCCACUGGUAGACCUGAUAUUGUUCUUCCAAUCCCAGAUAAUGGAAAUCCCAAGGGCUUGUGGUUUACUUUGAAAGAAGGUAGCCAUUACAGGCUGGUUUUCACUUUCCAGGUCAACAAUAACAUUGUUUCAGGUCUCAAGUACACCAACACAGUGUGGAAGACCGGUAUCAAGGUUGACAGCACUAAAGAGAUGAUAGGAACCUUCAGUCCCCAGGCAGAGCCUUACACUCAUGAGAUGCCUGAAGAGACGACUCCUUCUGGGAUGUUUGCUAGAGGAACCUAUUCAGCUAGAAGCAAGUUUAUUGAUGAUGACAACAAGUGCUACUUGGAGAUCAACUACGCAUUUGAUAUCAGGAAGGAGUGGUUUUAGAUUUUUUUUUUUUUUUUUUGGCUUUAGAAACGAAGGAGCUGUUCUUUCCCUACGUGACACAUUUUUUUAAUUAAUCUUUCAAUGUUUACUAGAUUAUUUUGUUGUGCCUUUUUUAUGUGUUUGUAAUCUUGUCUGAGACCUGUAAUCUUAACAAUGAUGAGAGGAUUUUGAGGGCAAUAAGGGAAAUUCAUUUGAUA